CAUCAAGGAGUGUUCAUAAGCUUCUGUUUAAUUAUUUUAUAGGAUCAGGAAUAAUAGAGAGAAAUUAUUUUUCUAUUUUUAUUUUAUUUUUAAUUUAAUUUAAUUUAAUUUAAUUAAUUGUUGUGCUUGCUGCUCUACAUCCAGCCCGCUAGGUGGCGGUAACGCGCCUGAAAGCCGGUUUGCCAGCCGCCAUGCAUGCGCGGUGCAUUGUGGGGGAUCCUCUCUGACGCUCUCUGCUGUUUAUUUCUUGACAGUUAACGCGUCAUUUCUCGUUAUCAGAACGCUAAAAUGCAAAACAGCGUCGACGUUAAAUAAGUUUUCGAUUCAAACAGAGACAUUUCCGGCCGCAGCCGUCAGGACGGACUUCAAGAUGGAGGCCGGUGAAGGUGUCAGCAGCGCCACGCCCACGGAGGAGAUGAACGGCGCUGGAAACUUGAUGGAUUUCCUGGACGAGCCUUUUCCUGACGUGGGCACGUACGAAGACUUCCACACCAUCGACUGGCUGAGGGAGAAGUCCAGAGAUACGGACCGCCACCGCAAGAUCACCAGUAAGAGUAAAGAGUCCAUCUGGGAGCUGAUCAAGAGUCUGCUGGACGCCUGGUCAGGAUGGGUGGUGAUGCUGCUCAUCGGGCUGCUCUCAGGAACGCUGGCCGGCGUGAUCGACCUGGCGGUGGACUGGAUGACAGACCUGAAGGAGGGCGUGUGUCUGUCGGCGUUCUGGUACAGCCACGAGCAGUGCUGCUGGACGUCCAACGAGACCACCUUCGACGACCGAGACAAGUGUCCUCAGUGGCAGAAGUGGGCGGAGCUUAUGACAGGCCACGCCGAGGGGGCGGGGGCGUACGUGUUGAACUACUUCCUGUACAUCCUGUGGGCGCUGCUCUUUUCCUUCCUGGCCGUGUCACUGGUUCGAGUCUUUGCUCCGUACGCCUGCGGCUCAGGGAUCCCAGAGAUCAAGACGAUCCUGAGCGGCUUCAUCAUCCGGGGCUACCUGGGGAAAUGGACGCUGCUGAUCAAGACGGUCACCCUGGUGCUGGCGGUGUCGUCGGGUCUCAGCCUGGGGAAGGAGGGUCCUCUGGUCCACGUGGCGUGUUGCUGCGGAAACCUCUUCUGCAGCCUCUUCUCCAAGUACAGCAAGAACGAGGGCAAACGCAGAGAGGUGUUAUCAGCUGCAGCAGCAGCCGGUGUGUCGGUGGCCUUUGGAGCGCCUAUCGGAGGAGUUCUGUUCAGCCUGGAAGAGGUCAGUUACUACUUCCCUCUGAAGACUCUGUGGCGCUCCUUCUUCGCCGCCCUGGUCGCGGCCUUCACGCUGCGCUCCAUCAACCCGUUUGGCAACAGCCGCCUGGUGCUGUUCUACGUGGAGUACCACACGCCGUGGUACAUGGCCGAGCUGGUGCCGUUCAUCCUGCUGGGCGUGUUCGGCGGCCUCUGGGGGACGCUCUUCAUCCGGGCCAACAUCGCCUGGUGCCGGCGCAGGAAGACCACCCAGCUGGGGAAGUACCCGGUGCUGGAGGUCAUCGCCGUGACGGGAAUCACCGCCGUGCUGGCGUACCCUAACCCGUAUACCCGCCGCAGCACCAGCGAGCUCAUCUCGGAGCUCUUCAACGACUGCGGCGCGCUGGAGUCGUCGCAGCUCUGCGAUUACAUCAACAACCCCAACAUGAGUCGGCCGGUGGACGACAUCCCAGACCGACCGGCGGGGCCCGGGGUCUACAACGCCCUGUGGCAGCUCGCCCUCGCUCUCGUCUUCAAGAUCGUCAUCACCAUCUUCACCUUCGGCAUGAAGAUCCCGUCAGGUCUCUUCAUCCCCAGCAUGGCGGUGGGAGCCAUCGCAGGACGCAUCGUGGGGAUCGCCGUGGAGCAGAUGGCGUACCACCACCACGACUGGAUCAUCUUCAAGAACUGGUGCCGGCCCGGCGCUGACUGUGUCACACCUGGACUGUACGCCAUGGUGGGCGCCGCCGCCUGUCUGGGCGGCGUGACCAGGAUGACCGUGUCCCUGGUGGUCAUCAUGUUUGAGCUCACGGGCGGGUUGGAGUACAUCGUCCCCCUGAUGGCCGCCGCCGUCACCAGCAAGUGGGUGGCGGACGCCUUCGGGAAGGAGGGCAUCUACGAGUCGCACAUCCAGCUCAACGGGUACCCGUACCUGGACGUCAGGGACGAGUUCACCCACCGCACCCUCGCCACGGACGUGAUGCGGCCCCGCAGGAACGACCCCCCUCUGGCCGUCCUCACGCAGGACACCACCACGGUGGAGGACGUGGAGACGCUGAUCAAAGACACAGACUAUAACGGGUUCCCCGUGGUCGUGUCCAGAGAGUCGGAGAGGCUCAUCGGCUUCGUUCAGCGCCGUGACCUCACCCUUGCCAUCAAGAACGCCCGUCAGAAGCAGGACGGCGUGGUGAGCAGCUCUGUGGUCUACUUCACUGAGGACGCGCCGCAGCUGCCGGCCAGCAACCCGCAGCCGCUGAAGCUGCGCCGCAUCCUGAACCUCAGCCCCUUCACCGUCACCGACCACACGCCCAUGGAGACGGUGGUGGACAUCUUCCGCAAGCUGGGCCUCCGCCAGUGUCUCGUCACCAGGAGCGGGCGCCUCCUGGGCAUCAUCACCAAGAAGGACGUCCUGCGCCACAUGGCUCAGAUGAUGAACCAGGAUCCAGAGUCCAUCAUGUUCAACUAGCAGAUGAGACACGUGCUUCACUCGUGCAACGGUGUAAAUAGGUGAAAGUGGUGCGACGCUACUGUACUGCAACCUGUGAUUAAUAAGCCCCUCCCACCUCCUGACAGGCAAGUCCUCACCCACCUGUAGUGACCACAGCUCCGCGUGUGCUCAGUGUGACUGCGCUGGAGGAACUGACUUCAGCUAAAACGUUCAUGGCUUCAACAUUUCAGACCCUCAGACCUUUUAUUGUUUGCAGACUGAAAACAGAAGACAGAAAAAGUUUAACGCUUCUUUAUGGAGGACGAAAAAUUACUCGAGUAUCAAUGAAUAAAUAAAUAAAUGUAAAAAUAAAACCAGAAAUAAAUAAAGAAAUAUGGGAAUAAAUAAAUAAAUAAAAAAAAGCUGAAAUAAUUACAGAAAUAAAUGAAUGCAUGAAUAAGUAAAACUUGAUAAUUUACAUUUAAAAACAAAAAUUAAUGACUUUGAAAUUAAUUAUUUAUUAAAUUAAUACAUUUUACAUUUACAAGUACGACUACAUUUUGUAAUUUCUGUAUUUUUUUGUUUUUUUAUUUAUUCUUUUAUUGAGUUAUUUCUGUAUUUAUUUUGUAUUUACUUCAGCAUGUAUUAUUUUAUUAGUUUCCAUAUUUAUUUAUUUUUUUAUUCCUGUAUUUACUUGUUUAUUGAUAUUCUUUGUCCUCCGUAUUUCCUUACAAUCAUUAUCUGAAAACACAUGGCAUGUUGUCAUUGAAAAAACUGUAGAGCUGAUCGGGAGGUUGAGUAUCAAUAAAUAAAUAAAUAAAUGAAUAUAUAAUUAAAAAAAGAAAUAGUUAAAUAAAUAUGGAAAUAGAUACAUUAAAGAAUAAAUAAAUACCAAAAUAAAUAAAUAAAUGCAGUUGAAAUUCUAAAAAAAAAUAAUGAUUAAAUUUAUUUCUACAUUUUUGUACGACUAUAUUUAUUUGCUUUUGCAUUUUCCUGUUUUAUUUAUAUUUUGCAUUUGUUUAUUUCUGUAUUUAUUUAUUCUUUUACUUAUUAAUUAUUCCUGUAUUUAUUAAUUUAUUGAUACUUUUUGUCCUCCAUAUUUCCGUACUAUCGUCAUCAGAAAACACAGCGCAUGUCUCUAACAGUGCGGAGAGUUUAGCUUCGUUAACGUUCAGAGUGCCAAACUCUGGUUCUUCAGUUUCAACAGUGUCGUGAUCAACACUCGCACUCGUUGGUUUAGUGCUGCUCGUUUAAUGAACACAUUUAGAAAGCCUGAAAGACUGAUGAAGAAUUAUUUACAACCUGAAGACGAAGCCGUGGUCAAGUGUGAGGACGUGUCAGUGAGUCGCUCUUGUAGGAAAUGAAUUUGACACUAAUCAUGUCUGGUCAAACAGAAACUGGACGUAUGGAAUAUCAUCUCAGUCAGAAAAAGGUGUGUUUGAAAAUAACCUCACAUUUCAAAAGAGGUGUAAGGGAUUAAUUAUUAAAAUUGUUGCCCAUUUGUUUUGAGUUUGAGGAAAUAAAUAGGGGACUCCAUAAAUAAAUUGUCUGUACUUAAGAGAUUUUUAAAUAAUGAUACAAUAUAUAUUGUGUAUCGUGAUAUAGCCUAAAAAAAUUGCGACAUUAUUUUUGCAACCACUUCUACUGUAAAUGUAAUAAAUAUAAUAACUUUCACAUAAUACAAAAAAUUUUAAAUUUAAAGUCAUAAAAAUAUUUUGCAGUUAUAUAACAGAUCUGCAAACGCACAAAUUCCAAAAAUUAAGAAAAAGAUUUCGUGUGCGUAAAAUGCACAUGCCCAAACGUAGAAUUGAGAUUUAGAAAUAAAAGCUGGAUUCACAAAUAUCCUUUUGAAAAUUGUAAAUGUUUGUAAGAUAUUCUCAGUUUUUUCUUAUUUAUUUGUAAAUUAAUUAAACGUAUUCAGAUGUUUUUAACAGGUGGAAUUUGUGUAUGGAGACAGAUUUGUGACAAUCAGUGUGUUAAUGUGUAAAUAUAAAACAAUUUCCACAAAUACAAAAAAGAAUCGUAAACUCACAACAUUUUUUUGCAGUUACGGAAAACGAAUGUGAAAACACAUGAACAAAACAUCGGCCGCUGUAUCGGCCAUCUAUCGACUCAUGCCAAUAUGCGAGUAUCCCUGAAGAGGACAAAACUCUGUUUCACACACACCUUUUUGUGAAUGACAUCAUAUUCUCGGUUUGGCCUCAAAAUCUGCAUUAAAGAUGAAAAUCAAUGAAAAGUGCAGAAUUUUGUUGAAAUCUUCGAAUCUUUUUUUUUUUUU